AUGGAACAACUAAUUCCUUCGGCUGUUCUUCUUAUUGAAACUAACCUCAUCAGGAAUACCCAUACAGUUGAAAUACACGUUCCUGGAAGUGUAUUCUUUUUAUAUUUCGCUAAGCUGGGUAAUUGUUUGGAAAACGAAGGCGUUGUGCCUCUCAAUAAUAAGAUCUUCGAUCCCAAUAUGACCAACCAUACCAUAACAUAUUAUCAUUUUCCUCUCAGUCCACCUUCUAGGGCGGCACUGCUCUUGGUUCGUGCUUUGGGCAUAAAACACGAUUUAAAAAUAGUCAAUAUAACUAAUGGCGAACAGAACACCCCAGAAUUUUUGAAGAUCAAUCCAUUUCAUACAGUACCAGCUAUUGAUGAUAAUGGGUUUUAUGUUUAUGAUAGCUCCAUAAUUAUGAAAUACUUGUCCAAGAAGUAUGCAAAAGACGAUAGUCUGUUUCCAAAUGAUACAAAAAAAUGUACUAUAGUAGAGGAAAGGCUCUAUUUUGCUUCGAAUUAUUUGUUUCAAUCUUUUAGGGAUUAUAUAAUUCCUGUGAUGUUCGGAAAUGAACAACCUAGUACAGAAAAAGCGAAGGCUUUCGAUCAAAAUUUGCGUCAACUUAAUGAUUUCCUCGAAAAUGAGAAAUGGGUUGCUGGAACAAACAUAACUGUUGCUGAUUUCUCCAUCAUAACAAUUGUAUCAACAGCUGAGGCAAUUAUGUUCGACGUUAAUAAAUACGCGAAUGUAUCUGCGUGGUAUAAAAGAUCGAAGGAAGCUAUGGCAUCUUUUGGAUAUGAGGAGAUCAAUCAGAGUGGCGCUGAACAAUUUGGAAAUGUUUUCAAAACGAAAUUGAAGCAAUUCGUUUGAAAAUAUUAUGUCCAAAUGGAAUUAACGUGAUAAAUCAAAUCAAUUUUAGUUCCUCCUACUGCGACUCUGACUAACCCAAACUCACGAACGCAUUUGCUUUUCAUUUUGGGAGUAAUUAAACUUUCUGUAUGCACAUUUAAUCAAAAUUCAUAGGCAGAUGAGAAAAAGUGCUGAAGCUGUACCUACUUGCAAGGUGCUGUAUUUUUAUAGGAAAUGCUCUAGCUAUCCAUUCAUAGACAAAAAGAUAUAUAUCAAACUGAAACAUAGAAUAUUUCAUAUUUGUUUAGAAUAAUUUCUUCCCGAAUCUACUCGCAUGUAGUGUUUUUUUAGAAUUUUUUGUUUUCUCAUUUUGAUGAAAAUGUUCACGCCUUAUAAUCCUCGUUAAUUAGUAAUAAUAGAAAUGAAAAUAUACUGCUGCUCACAUGUUGAUAAAUAAUACAAUACUUUGUAGAUAUAGAUACUACCUAAAUGUUUAAACAACAGACUUCAAAAAAUGACACGUUGUUUUUGUACUAAUGAUAAUCCCACUCAUCAUAAAGCAACAAAAAUUUAUAAUCUCAGAUACCAAAAAUCCCCUUAUUCCAAUUUUGAGUAGAAUGUAGUCAAGAC